AUGAAGUCUGUUCAUAUGCUGGCCCUUCUCGCCUCUGCGGCCGCGGCUGCUCCCUCCCGCGUGCUGCAGCCCGCCGAGAUCCCCCAGUCUCUCGCUCAGAUCGAGGCCCAGUUCAACCCGGCCCCGGUACCCAAGUGGACCGUGGAAAGCCUCAAGCGCACCUGUGCCGCCGACGACAGCUCCUGCACGUGGCACUUCUUCAUCGACAACCACGUUGCCAGCAAGGCGACGGAAAUCACCUACGUCGUAGAGGGGCCUGGCGCGUCCCGGGCCAAGAGCGGACCGUCCGAGUUUGGCAACUACACCAUCACGUCCAGCUGGAGCGACCAGUUUGGCGCCGACAAAGGGUUCACUGCUCUCUCGGCCAUUGACCGCAAGGCUGGCCUGAUAAGUUUCCCGGCGUAUCGCGACGUGGACGUCAAGGAGGGGAAGGUGGUUGCUGACAAGGACUUUGACGUCUACUACCUCGACUCGAAAUGA